ACGAAUUCCGGACUUGUUCUAUGAUUCCGGACUUCUUAAAAAACAACAUAACCUCAACUUAUUUUUAAAUUAUCUUAAUUUUUGUCAGUGCUUUUAGAAUAUGCCUCCUAAGGCUGGAAAAGGGGCUUCGAAAGGGACCGCCAAAGGCUCGAAGGGUGACGACUCGGGUGAAAAAUCUAAAGAGAAAAAAGGGGGCACUGCCGUGAAAGUGCGCCACAUUCUGUGUGAGAAACAAGGCAAAUGUCUUGAAGCCUUAGAAAAAUUAAAAUCCGGCCAAAAAUUCCCCGAAGUGGCUGCUGCAUACAGUGAAGACAAGGCGAGACAAGGGGGUGACUUGGGUUGGAUGACUAGAGGCUCAAUGGUGGGGCCAUUUCAAGAUGCUGCGUUUGCGCUGCCCAUCUCGACUGUAAAUAACCCCAUUUAUACCGAUCCUCCUGUUAAAACGAAGUUUGGAUAUCAUAUUAUUAUGGUUGAAGGGAAGAAAUGAACUGUUUUAGAGUUAAGUCUUUUUCACUGUUGUAAUAAAAGUAAAAAACUUUGUCAAGAAGAAAUUACCACCAAG